ACGGGGGCUGCAUCUUCCGCCUCUUUUUGUCGGAAACUCAGAAACGAUCCUGCAGAAAGACCACUAUAAGCUAGUGAUAGGACUUUGUGCACCCGAAACUCGUGCAAAGGGAGAGUUUCACGGAGAGGAAGAGCACGAUGUGGAACGGCUCAAGACCUGGCCCACGAGGAGGAAUGCCCUUUCGUGGGGAACCUCAUGGUGGUAUGUUCGAAGGCAGAGAUGGUCCAAGGCCUGACUUCAGAGGUCGAGAUGGCAUGAAUAUGGACAGACCACCCAUGGACAUGAGGCGGUUUGACUGCCCACCUGAUAUGAGAGGACGAGACAUGGGACUUAAUGAUAGAGGAAGAGAGCCUCCUCGAGAAUUUUUCAGGCCUGGAGAUGAAAUGGACAUGCAUUUUCGAAGGCGCUUUGAAAUGGAUCAGAGAAGCAACCUUCAGAAUUCCCCAGGUUUCUUGGGUUCAUCAAGGCUACCAAUGGAUUUGGACGGCAGAGACAUGCAAGGUGGUAAUAUAAGGGGUCCAGAAGAUGGAUUUAUUAAUAUGAGGGAGAGGGAGAGAUAUCAAAUGGAUAUGCCUGGCCUUCCCCCUGUAGACAUCAGGAGGAGACUUGCCAUAGUGGCUAUGGGUGGAAAUGGAGAUUUUGGUGAUAUGAGAGACAGGGAAAGGUCACGCAUGGGUGACAUUGAUGGAUAUAGUAUGGACUUGCCUCCCAGAGACAGACCAUUGAUGGAUUUUAACAGGCGAGGCAUCACCCCUCCACUCAAUCCAAGAGAUAUGUUUGAGUCUGAUAUGGAUAUGAGAAACCGCAUGGGUUCCUCCUCUAAUUUUAGGGAUCAGCCUCCUAUGCUUCAUGACAAUGAUGGGCUUCCCAUGGAUAUAAGAGGACGAUCUGAUAUUCCGCUGGGUCGUGGCAGCCCAGAUCCCAUGAUCAGAAAUGACGAAUUGACCCUCAGGGACAGAGAAUUUCCAGAGCCGAUAGACAGUCCCAUGACCUUCCGGGGAAGAGAAAGUGUAUCUCUUUCAGAUGAAUGGCGCAAGCAUGGCGUUAGAGACCGAGACUCUCUUCCACCAAUGAUGGGCAGAACACCACAAAGAGACACUUAUCCAAGAGACAUGCAAGAGAAGUUUUUCCCUAACCGCGGAAAAGAUGUAGCCCUUGGAGAACGGUCUCAGUUUAAGGAGAGAGACCGAGAGAGGCCAUCUGGUUAUCUGGGGAAAGAGAGCACAGGCUUCAAUCGAUCAGACAGAGAGCCCAAACACCAACACUGGGAGAAAAAUAUUCCCAGUGAUUUCCCAAGUCGAGAACCAACUCUGGGUACUCAGAAACCCCCUCCUCUUCAAAUGGAUCCCACCGUAAAUGUUCAAGGUAGAGAAGUUGAUAAGCCCUGGCCAGUUGACAGAGAAGAAAAGCCUGAGCGAACUGCACCAGCUGGAGGUAGACCUCCAUAUUUCCAAGACAAGAAGUCGCCAAAUCAGGAGCAUCACUUCACAAGCGAUCGAGUGCCCUUUAAGGGAUCUGGUGAUAGGGCUUCAGAGCAGGAACCACAGAGAGAAAGCUUAAUGUCUGGGCCAAAGGAAAUGCAGAGUAACAGAGGUGAGCAACUUGAUCAAGAUUAUAGGGACAUCGAUUACCGCACAGGCUCUGGACGCAAAUAUGACUACAGUCUUGGGGAUCUUCAUGGACUUGAAAAAGAUGUGAAAGAAUCCAAAUUAGUUCCAGCUGAAAGAGUGGAUGACUCUGGUUCUCAGGACCAGGAUUACAGAAGUGCAGGGGUCCAGGAUAAAAUCACAAACACUAUUGCCAUCUCUGGAAUUCCUAAAAAUGCCACAAUGCAGCAGAUUCUGGGAGCUUUUGCAGUUCGUGAUGGUGUUCCAAUGCAGGGCAUGAAAAUCAAAGACGUUGUGCCAGGUUACAGCUUCGAUACGGCCUAUGUGGAGUUUUUAAACCUCGAGGAUGCUGUCCACUUCAUGGAGUCCAACCAGGGAUCUGUCAAAGUUGGUGACAAGACUGCUCUGCUCAAAUACGUCCAAUCUGACAAAAAUGAGAAGGAGCAGCUCCAUGAACCACCCACUAAAGCUGCACCAGAUAGUGAUGAUGGUUUGUUACCAAAUCCAGUCCCUCCACUGAACAAACAGGAGGAAACCAUUGUUAAGCCUCUACUGGACGCUGCUUCUCAAGGUGUGUGGCAGAGAAGCUCAAACCUGACUCCUGAAGCAUGGCAACAGCAAGUGGACCAACAGCAACAACAGCAGGAGCUGGAGCAGCAACCCACAGAAGAAUGGACCAAUCAGAGAGCAUCACGCCAAAACCUGCAAUACUCUGAUCCAGUCUUUAAAGAAAGCAAAACAAUGAUCAUUAAGAACAUUCUCCCUACCACCACCGUGGAGACCAUUCUGAAAGCACUCGAUCCAUUUGCCUACCUGGAUGAGCGCAAUGUACGUUUGGUGAAAGGGAAAUCGCCUGGAUCCAAAUGCUUCUGCUUUGUUGAUAUGGAUUCACAUGAGCAUGUGACACGGUUGGUGGAGCUGCUCACAAAGCCUCGGCCUAUCAUGAUUGAUGGGGUCAGAGUUUAUGCCGAGGUUGCAAAGCCUUUGAAAAAUCAAAAUUAUAGGAGGGACAAUGAGAAGGCAAACACUUCUCUUCUGGGUCUGCCUCCAGAUGUGAUAAAGCAGCCACCAUACCAGCAGCCACACCAACAGUUUUAUCCUCAGCCUGCUCUUACAGCUGUGGGUGCUGCAUCUAUGCAAGGUGACCUAAUGGGGGCCGAUGCAACCUUGUUAUCAGGAGCAGUGCCAAGUUCAAGCUUAACACAGGGUGUGAUGUAUUCGAAGAAAUCUGGCAUUGCACAAACACUCCAAACUGCUGAGAAAGAGGCUCCAGCUUUAUCGGACGCUGCUGUAUCUGGACCUGUAGACUCCAUAGAUGGCUACAACUACGGAUCUGAAGCUCCAGAUUUGUCAGCUUUCCUUUACGAUGCUACCUCUGGCUUUUACUAUGACCCUCAGACUACGCUUUACUAUGAUCCCAACUCAAGGUAUUUCUACGAUGCUCAGAAUCAGCAGUACCUCUAUUGGGAUAGUUCCUCUAAGACCUACAUCCCAGUCCAGAGCUCUUCCACCGAUGGUCAGGAUGUUCCUGAAAUUCCAGCCCCUGAAGUUCCUGCUCCUGUGGCACCUGUUGCCGAGGUUAUAGCCGUACCCAUUAAAGAAGAGGAAGCCAAGGCUGUUUCAGAGGCUUUGCCAGAGGUGCGGGUGGAGGAGGAGCCUGGCCAACGUGGAGAAAAGAGAGAGAAGGAAAAAGAGGAAAAGCCAAGGAGUUUAGCAGCUUUUAAGAUAAUGAAAGACAUGGAGCGAUGGGCAAAAAUCCAGAACAGUAAGAAAGAAAGUGUCCGAGCUCCUUCACCUGUCCUCAAGUCUGGAGAUGACCACAGACCUUCAAAGGCAGCUGAUGCAGCUUUUGCCAUCUUUGAAAGAAAGACUGGUGCAGAUGAACUAUUCAAGAAGCCUCUUGCUCCAAAGCAAAAAGAUGAAAAAUCAUCAAAGCGGCCCAUGGGCUCUCUGGGAAUGUUGGCGGCCGAUUAUGGUGCAGGCAGUGACGAAGAGGAAGAAGAGAAACACGAUAAGCAGGAAGCUGCACGGCCUGCAAAGAGCCAGCCGCAGGCGGACGAGAAGGAGGAUAGGUUGACAGACUGGAAGAAGAUGGCCUGUCUUCUGUGCAGAAGGCAGUUCCCUAAUAAAGACGCUCUUAUCCGCCACCAGCAGCUCUCAGACCUCCAUAAGCAAAAUAUGGAGAUUCACCUGAAAAUCAAAAGGUCAAAGAGAGAACUUGAGGCUCUAGAAAACCAGGAAAAAGAGAUGAAAACGAAAGCGCCAGGCAGCUCACCUGAAGCAAAAAGAAGAAAGCCACAAAAUACUUGGGCCGGCAGCUCAAGGGACAGUUUUAAAGGCAACGAGAGACCAGGUUUGGGUUUAGAGACUACAGAGCGGAAGAAAAAAGAACCUGUCGUCUGGAAUCAUGCCACAUAUAAGCAGGCAGUUCGGAAGGCCAUGUUUGCAAGAUUCAAUGAGUUGGACUGAGUGACAGGAAUGAAGAAAAAGAGAAUUUGUGUAUAAAUAUAUACACACACACACACACACAUACAUACACACAACACAACAGUGUGGUGUGGUCUGUCGGCAGCUCAUUCCAGGCUUUACUCUGAACUGAUACAAAAUUCCUGGAGAAGCUUAUUGUGACUAACCCCCUCAUUCAUGGAAAUGGUGAAGUGUGCCUGUAUAAAAGGAAUUUAUUCUUUCCUAGCAGCCAAACGUUACUUUCGUGUUUAAUUAUCCCUUGUAGCUCUAUUCUUCAGGGCUUUUUAAAUAUUUUCUCAUUUGAUGAUAUUGUAUCAUGUCUCCCCCCCCUCUUUUUUAUGUAGUAAAUGUAUGUAAAGUUAAUUUGUAAAUUGAAAUGUUUUGAGUUCGGGGGGUUAAAUAUUACUGUAGUGAGUCAAUAAAUUGUCUCAACAUGACUGUAACCACACAUCAAAAGAUUUUUUAUUUAAUUUUAAUCUUGUACUAUAAACUGGUGUAUUUUGUUUUUUUUUAAUGCGUGUUGCUUGUAAAUAAGUCUGUUUUCUACAUUCUCCUCCAGGUGGCAGUACAUAACCGUUGUCAACAUUUCUUAUUCAAUGUCACAUUAAGCCGCACCUCAGAGAUGUGUAAUACUGAAAGAAUGAAUCUGCACACAGUCAUGAA